GCAGCCGGCAGCGUCUCCACACCAUGAAUUACCCGGGCCGUGGGUCCCCGCGGAGCACUGAGCAUAACGGCCGGGGUAGCGGAGGCUGGGAGCUGGGCUCGGAUGCGGGGUCGGCAUUCGGCGGCAGCGUUUGCUGCUUCGAGCACCUGCCGGGCGGGGAUCCGGGCGAAGGCAGCGUGCCCCUAACCCUGCUGCGCGGGGAGCCCGGGCUGCACUUGGCGCCGGACGCCGAGGACCUCAACCACCUGGCGCUGGAGUCCUGCCUCAGUGACGAGAACUAUGAUUUCAGCUCCGCCGAGUCGGGGUCCUCGCUGCGCUACUACAGCGAGGGCGAGAGCGGCGGCGGCGGCGGCAGCGGCAGCACCCCGUCGCUGCCGCCGCCGCCGCAGCAGCCACCGCUGGUCGCGACGAACUCGGGGGGCAGUGGGGCUGCGGGAGGGGGUUCCGGGGAGAGGAAGCGAACCCGGCCCAGCGGCCCGACAGCCCGGCACCGCUACGAGGUGGUGACGGAGCUGGGCCCUGAGGAGGUUCGCUGGUUCUACAAGGAAGACAAGAAAACCUGGAAGCCCUUCAUCGGCUACGAUUCUCUCCGCAUCGAGCUGGCUUUCCGGACCCUGCUACAAGCCACUAGCGCUCGGCCCCAGGCCGAGGACCCGGAUAACCAGCAUGUGUGCGGCCCGGCUUCCCCGCUGGGCCGGGCCUCUAGCUCCGGAGAGGAAGACGACGAGGACCGCGCCUGCGGCUUCUGCUCGCGGGCGGCUGGGCUUGAGCCCCAGAUGGAGGAGCUGGUGAACAUCGAGCCGGUUUGCGUGCGCGGCGGCCUCUACGAGGUGGAUGUGACCCAAGGAGAGUGCUACCCAGUGUACUGGAACCAGGCUGAUAAAAUACCAGUAAUGCGUGGACAGUGGUUUAUUGAUGGUACUUGGCAGCCUCUAGAAGAAGAAGAAAGUAAUUUAAUUGAGCAAGAACAUCUCAGAUGUUUUAGGGGUCAGCAGAUGCAGGAAAAUUUUGAUCUUGAAGUAUCAAAAUCCUUAGAUGGAAAAGAUGUUGUCCACCACCUCCCUCCCUUCUCCCUCCCUUCUCUGUUCAAAUGGAGAGGAUAUAAGGAGAGUACAGAUGCGGCAGGUCUUAAAAGAAAGCGUUCCCAAGCUAUUUAUAGUUUCAAAUUGAGUCGAAACCAUGUGGACUGGCAUAGUAUGGAUGAAGUAUAUCUUUAUAGUGAUGCAACCACAUCUAAAAUUGCAAGAACAGUCACCCAAAAACUAGGAUUUUCUAAAGCAUCAAGUAGUGGGACCAGACUUCAUAGAGGUUAUGUAGAAGAAGCCACAGUAGAAGACAAGCCAUCACAGACUACCCACAUUGUGUUUGUUGUGCAUGGCAUUGGACAGAAAAUGGACCAAGGAAGAAUUAUCAAAAAUACAGCCAUGAUGAGAGAGGCUGCAAGAAAAAUAGAAGAAAGGCAUUUUUCCAACCAUGCAACACAUGUUGAAUUUCUGCCUGUUGAGUGGCGGUCAAAACUUACUCUUGAUGGAGAUACUGUUGAUUCCAUUACUCCUGACAAAGUACGGGGUUUAAGAGAUAUGCUGAACAGCAGUGCAAUGGACAUAAUGUAUUAUACGAGCCCACUUUAUAGGGAUGAACUAGUUAAAGGCCUUCAGCAAGAGCUGAAUCGAUUAUAUUCCCUUUUCUGUUCUCGGAAUCCAGACUUUGAAGAAAAAGGGGGUAAAGUCUCAAUAGUGUCCCACUCCUUGGGAUGUGUAAUCACUUACGACAUAAUGACUGGCUGGAAUCCAGUUCGACUCUAUGAACAGUUGCUACAGAAGGAAGAAGAAUUGCCUGAUGAACGGUGGAUGAGCUAUGAAGAAAGACAUCUUCUUGAUGAACUCUAUAUAACAAAACGACGGCUGAGGGAAAUAGAAGAACGGCUGCAUGAAUUGAAGGCAUCGUCCAUAACACAAACACCUGCCUUAAAAUUUAAGGUUGAGAAUUUCUUCUGUAUGGGAUCCCCACUAGCUGUUUUUUUGGCAUUGCGUGGCAUCCGCCCAGGAAACACUGGAAGUCAAGACCAUAUUUUACCUAGAGAGAUUUGUAAUCGGUUGCUAAAUAUUUUCCAUCCUACAGAUCCAGUGGCUUAUAGAUUAGAACCAUUAAUAUUGAAACACUACAGCAACAUUUCACCUGUCCAGAUCCACUGGUACAAUACUUCAAAUCCUCUACCUUAUGAGCAUAUGAAGCCAAGUUUUCUCAACCCAGCAAAAGAACCUACCUCAAUUUCAGAGAAUGAAGGCAUUUCAACCCUACCAAGCCCUGUGACCUCACCAGUCUUAUCCCGCCGACACUAUGGAGAAUCUAUAACUAAUAUAGGCAAAGCAAGCAUAUUAGGAGCUGCUAGCAUUGGAAAGGGGCUUGGAGGAAUGCUGUUCUCAAGAUUUGGACGUUCAUCUGCAUCCCAGCCAUCGGAGACAUCAAAAGACUCAAUGGAAGAUGAGAAGAAAUCAGUUCCUUCUCCUUCUACUACCACCGUGGCAACCCAGACCCUUCCACAUAGCAGUUCUGGCUUUCUUGAUUCUGCAUAUUUCAGACUUCAAGAAUCGUUCUUUUAUCUCCCACAACUUCUUUUUCCGGAAAAUGUAAUGCAGAAUAAAGAUAAUACCCUCGUGGAAUUGGAUCACAGGAUCGAUUUUGAACUCAGAGAAGGCCUUGUGGAGAGCCGCUAUUGGUCAGCUGUCACGUCACACACUGCCUACUGGUCAUCCUUGGAUGUGGCCCUCUUUCUUUUAACUUUCAUGUAUAAACACGAGCACGAUAAUGAUGCAAAACCCAAUUUAGAUCCAAUCUGAACUCUUGAAGGACAUUAAUGAUCCAAAACUGAUUUUUUUUUCUGUUAAAAUAUGUGUGUCAAGAUAUGAAGAUUUCAGGGUUAAGUAUGUUCCAGUUUUGUUUGGGGCAAGAAAUAUUUGAAUUUAAAAGCACUUUAUUUAAAAAAAAAAAAAAAAACACAUUUUCAGUUCUAAAGAAGUUACUUACAGUUCCAUUAUUUCGAUUAUGAAUCUGACAGAACUCCCUGCAGAGAAUCAAGUAAGACCUGGAAGUGAGGAAGGUUUGGGUGAACUGCAUGUAAAGGUUACAAAUUACAAUCUAAUUUCACCAAAAUAUAAAAUCAUAUUAAUGGGUUGAAUCUAAUGUAUUAACCAAAAUAUGUUAUAAGUCUAAAAUGUUCAAGGUUCAAUGUAGUCUGUAAAGAUUACAGUGUGGUAUAUCAUUGUUUUAAAUUUUAUGAAAUCUUCCAUUUUCACAAUUCCUUUGAAAGAAGAGAAACUAAUGCUAAAAAACAAUAUUUUAGUUGAACUAAAAAGAACAAUAUUUGAACUACUAUAUUUAUAAUUUAUGACCUCUGACUAAUUGCUUUAUUUCAGUGUAUGAAACAUUACAUUUUUUAAUGUUUCCUUUGAAUUAAUUUAAGAACCACAUUUAGUUUCUAUAGUGUUAAGACCCUUUUUUCUCAGAAUUCCAUCUUUGUACUCUUCAGAUGAACAUAUAGACACUGUGGUAUACUUUCGAUAUUUUUUUCAUUAAAAACUUGUGUUUCAUACAACACUAGUUCAGUUUUUCUUUAAGUGAACUUUUUAUUAUGUCCCAUAUAUCUCAAAGAAAGUAAAAUUUUUCUAAACUUGGCAGUACUCCAUAUUGGGUACAUUUCAUUAACUUUAUUAGAAAACCAUUAGACAUCUUUGGAAUAAGGAAUAUGAAAACAAAAAAAAUGUAUAAACAUUUAUGUGCCAAAUAUUAACAUAGAUGAAGGGAUCUAGGGCUACUAACAAAUUUUUAAAGUAUUAAAACAGAGUAGGCACAAUGAAUCAAGACACUGAGGCCCUAAAAGGGUUUUUCUCAGCCGUGAUUGUUUCCACAGUGCUUUUCAUCUGGGGAGCUCAAAGGGCUUUAAGAGAUGUGCAUUCAGCAAUGUGGGUAGUUGCUCCUCCAGGUAAGUAAAUGAGCAUUGUUUUCAUGUUACCUGUUACUACACCAAGGCACCAAAACGUUUAAAGUGCCUUGCAUUAGAUUACAUAGCAAAUCAGGACUUGGAUGAAGGCAGACCAUAUUAUUUUACAUGCUGUUUAAAAUUCACAUGUGACCUGUUAGUUUGCAGACAAUAGCAGAAGUUGAAGAAAUGACUGUGUAACCAAUAUAUUACCCUGCAUAUCCAUUCUUGGGUCUUCACACACAAAGAAGUUUUUUUAAAAGAGCGGAUAGUAGCCAUCUCUGCCACAGCCAACCCUCACUUCUGAGUGCUUCCACUAGGUUCCACUCAAGGUGCUGUUUUUAUUUAUCUUGCAAGGAAUUUCUUAGCUUCCCAGCAGUCACUGUUGGGGGGUAGGGGUAGUGGAGUCCGUCAGUCUCACAUCCCACCUCCUCUCUUUAUAGGUUAGUAGAACCUCUGGUUUAUUCAGAGGCUUUAUUCCACACCAUCAGUACUAUUGGCUGUUUUGGCCUUACAUUGAAUUUGCACAAUAUGAAGCACUUCUUUUUAAUAUUUAAAAAAGUCUGAAGGCUCCAUGACCAAGUUCAUGACUCAGUAAGAAGCCCUUGCUAUAAAAGGCUUUUGAUGGUAUCUUAGCAAAACUGAAGCAAUCCCCUUUUAAUUCAGAGUUACCUAUGAACUCAGGUCAUUUUCAUAGCCUGUUUAUUUUUUAGGUCUAAUUUAGUUCUCAGGAAAAUUAAACCCAUGUCAUAUGACUGUCUUUAAAGGUACUUGAACAUAUGUUGCUGUAUUUGGUUUGACACUUAAAUGCCCAAGAGCUUUAGGGGUUCCUUCUUAACCACUGCAAUGUGAAGAGCCUUUUUUUACCUUAAAAGAGUAAGAUUCCAUCACACAUUUUAAUUUGAUAUUGAGAAGAAAAAUAAGUUACCAUAACUGAAGGAAUAUGUCCACUUUCUUUACUUCAUAUUGGAAAACAGUCAAAUUUUACCACUCAGAGUUUACUUGAAUUCUUGGAAAGAACAACAUUCAAAACCUUCUUUUCAAAAUAGAUAUCCUGGACCACUGGGCAGGUGUUUGUUUCCAAUUAUUUCCUCGAUGAGAGAUGGUGAUUUUAGUUUUAUCGUAUUCUUGUUUUCAUGUCUCUGCAUGUUUAUCAUGGGAUGUACUUGUAUAUACUCAAGUGAUAUACAGAGUAUGUGUAAUUCUGGCUUGAUAUAGAAGCUAAGUCCGUUACUGAGUAACAUUUUGCAACUUUAUUCCAGCAAGUACUAAAUUGGCCAAAAAAAGUCCUGUUUUUGAUACUAUUAAAAUUUUAUUCUCUA